AGAUCAGAGAAGCUCUCAGAGAUCCAGUGCUCAGCUCUGGCCUACAUGCUGGAGAUGUCAGAGGAGGUUCUGGAUGAGUUGGACCUGGAGAAGUACAACACAUCAGGAUCAGGACGACAGAGACUGGUUCCAGCUGUGAGGAACUGCAGAAAGGCUCGACUAGUGGGCUGUUGGCUUUCACUGACUGAAUGUGAAGUUGUGGCCUCAGCUCUGAAGUCCAACCCCUCCCUGACUGACCUGGAAAUAGAUCAGAUCUAUAAUUAUGGAACCAUUGGAGACUCUGAGAUGAAGCAUCUCUGUGAGAUCCUGGAGACUCCAUUCUGUAAAGUAAAGAAGCUGAUGUAGGUUUUAUCUUCACUGCUACUUUAAAACUUAUUUUAAUUAAUAAUUUUGUUCUGACAUGUUUUCUUUACAGACAACAUGCUGUCCAAAUGUUUUGACUUGUUA